UAUUUAAUAUUUAUGCGACGACAGAUGGAUAAAUGACAGAUUCGAGGGCGUUCCCACAAUCUCCAAAAGAGCCCCUCGUCCUCCUUCGGCACCGAGCACGUUUAACCUCUCCGUCGCCGAGAAGCGAAACCCUAAGCGGAGUUGCCAAUUCCGCCGCUGACGCUUUCCUCCUGCUGUUCUGGUUUCAGUUCGCUCCUCGCUCGGGCUCCCCGACCGAUCUAUUUCUGAAUUUAUCCCGAUCGGCUUAUCUUCGGCAGCCUAGAGAUGACGGAAGAUACGAGUUCGAAAGAUACCGAGGCGUCCACUAUUCUCGGCAGGCAAAGGAAAAAGAGAAAGUGGGACCAGCCUGCUGAGCCACUGGUAGCUGCUGGAGUUUUAGUCCCAGGGGCACCAUGUACUUCAAAUGCUAUUCUGGGAUCCACUCUUCCUGGAGCUUUUCCAUUGUCUGCAUCUCUUUUUACAAUUCCAAUUCUCAUGUCUUCUGUUAAUCCCCUUGAAACGGUACAAUCACCUUUAGCAACACAAAAUGCUGCUACCAUUAUUCAAAACUUAAGUCAGACAAAGAUUCAAGAUGAGGUACUAGCAAGGGAAAUUGUGAUAAAUGAUGCAGAACCAAGUAUGAGAUACAAACUCACGAAACGUCAAACCCAAGACGAGAUUCAAAAAUGCACUGGUGCAAUUGUCAUAACUAGGGGCAAGUACCAUCCUCCAAAUGGAUUGGCAGGAUUGCCAGACAAUGAGAAACCAUUAUAUCUCCAUAUCUCUUCUGGGGCUAAUAUAAAAGACAUUGCUGAAAGUAUUAGAGCAGUUGAUCAUGCAGCGGUAAUGGUUGAGGAGAUCAUGCAACGUGGCCAAAUUCCUUUGGUAUCUUCUAAUCCUCUCCACUUAGUUUUGCUUAAUGGAGAGGGUACUCAAAUACUUAGUACAUGUCUGUUUCUGGGCUUUGAUGCUGAACCUUCAUUGCACAUUUCUGCUCGAAUACGUGGUCCAAAUGACCUCUAUGUCAAUCACAUUAUGAAUGAAACAGGAGCUACCGUCCUACUUAGAGGUCGAGGAUCUGAACAUCUUGAUAGUUCUCACACUGAAGAAGCUUUGCAACCCCUGCAUUUAUAUCUGUCAAGUUCUAAUGCAAAACGUCUUGAAGCUGCAAAGAUCUUAGCAGAAAACCUUUUGGAUACAGUUGCCAGGGAAUGUGGCACCUCAAGAAUUUCUUCUACUAAAGUUUAUGGUGCUGUUCCCCCACCACAGCAAUUGUUGGCGGGAACAGAAAGCUCAUUAAGAGUUGUAUCUGCUGGAAAUUAUAAUCAAAUACCUGUCAUUUCAUCCACUGCCACUGGAAUUGUGGCAGCAACACAAUCGUUUGUUGCUGGUGGAAUUGCAACUGCUUCAGGCACUGUUUUUCAAUCUGUAGAGCAGUUAAAAUAUGGAAAUUCCCAAAGCUUGGUUAGCUAUGCUCUUCCAGGGGUCACUAGUGUAACAUGCUAUAAUGGCUAUGAAGGAAUAUACCCCCAAGCCACACCAUUGCAGCAAGUUGCCUUAGCACUUAGACAAGCAUCAUCUUCAUCUACUGCUAUUUCAUCUACAAGUUCUUUGGUAAGCACAACUGAGAGGAAAUCAAGUUCAGUUGCUGAAGCAGAUACACAUCCUCUACAGAAACGUAAAUUUAAGGAAUUACCAGUUACUUCAAAAGGGUCAACUCCCCUUCAGAACUCACAACAGGGAUCAGAAUUUCUUAAGCCAGGUCUAGAGGAUUCAGUUGUGAAGCUCCUUUCAUCUAUGCCUCGAAAGAAAAAUUUAGAUAGCGGAUGCAAUGGGAUGCCCCCUCCCCCUCCAAGGACCAUGCCGCCUCUGCCUCUGAAGUUUUCACCAUCUCAAUCGCUACCCAAGACUGACAAUGCAAAGGAGGUUUUGACAGAACCCAGUGCUGUGCAAGAAGCUUCGAAAAAUAUGCCUCGACCUCCGAAGUUUUUGAAAGCUUUGCUGCCCACAAAAGUUGACAGUGGGAAUGUGGAUACUAAGAAACCUGCGGGGCAGCAUCUAUCAGAUACGCUACUCAAGCUUGCAGAAUAUGGGGAUGAUGAUGAUGAAGAGGUUUCAGAUUCAAGUGUAGGGUUACUAAAGAGCUCUCCAGUUGGGAAUUCAAUGGCAAAACCAUUUUGGGCUGUAUGAUUUUAAGGUGUACCUUGUGUGUUCUUGAAAUUUGCCGGUCCUCAUUGCCCGAGAUACAAAAUUAUCAGUGUGCAUGACAGCAGUGGAUGCUACCACCACAGCUACCUGCAAUGAACAAGACUGCUACUACAAGGAUGUCUUGCCACUCAGAGACCUCGACGUAAUAAGCUGGAAUGAGCUUGCAUGCUUUGAUUAGUUUUGGUUGACCUCUUUGUUUUACCCCAUUUUAAUUUCUCUUUUCUUUUUCUUGCUUGGAAGAAGGGAAAUUUACUUCAUUGCCCUUUUUCUUUCUAUUUCGUUGCCUUUCACCCCUUGAAUUCCUUUGCAGAAAUUGUCUAUAAGAUAGGCUUAUUAUUUCUCUGCCGUUGUUUGUUUGCCUUUGUGGCAAACUCGGAUAUGGAAGUUUUUCUCUCAGGUACAUUGAAUGUUAAUUCAAUGUUUCUUAACA